UGGGCGGGGCGGGAGUGCAGCUCCGCUGCGGCCCCUGGAGACGCGAUGGGGAAGAAGCAGGUGGUUAGCGAGGCUCAGCAUCCUCCACGAGCCCUUCCACCUGUGCCAAGUGCGAUUCAAGAUAAUGUACCGCCUAGCCAUCCUAAGAAGAAGAAACCCAGAACGAAAAGCACAUUAGCUUCUGCUUCUUCGGAAGGCCUUGCGGAGCCCGUUGCUCAUAGGCGACCAGAGAGCAACACCUCACAUCCAGAGUUGGAGACGUCAUUCAGUGAGAAGCCGUGCAGCCCAUCGUUACUGCGGAAUGAAAAUGGCGUUGAGGUGGAGCCGCCUGCGGAGGCCGUUCUUCCGAAACCACGGAGGAAAGCAAAGAAGACCCAGCCAGCAGAACUACAUUAUGCUAAUGAGCUAGGAGUGGAAGAUGAAGACAUAAUUACGGAUGAGCAACGUACGCUAGAACAGCACUCUCGGUUCACGGCACCCACUGGCGUUAGCCAGCCUGUCGGCAAAGUGUUUGUGGAAAAAAGCCGGAGGUUUCACGCGGCAGAUCGUUCGGAGCUGAUAAAGACCACAGAAAACGUAGACGUGUUGAUGGACGUGAAGCCGUCCUGGACCACUCGGGACGUGGCCCUCUCAGUGCACCGAGCUUUCAGGAUGAUUGGUCUGUUUUCUCACGGCUUCCUGGCUGGCUGUGCCGUGUGGAACGUUGUCGUGAUCUAUGUCCUUGCGGGAGACCAGCUGUCUGGCCUCUCCAACCUCCUGCAGCAGUACAAGCCCCUGGCAUCCCCGUUCCAGAGCCUCCUCUACCUGCUCCUGGCUCUGAGCACUGUGUCAGCGUGUGACAGGACCGACUUUGCGAAAACCUCAGUAGCCAUCCGGAACUUUCUGGCCCUGGAGCCGACAGCCUUAGCUUCUUUCUUGUACUUUGCUGCGCUGAUACUGUCCCUGAGUCAGCAGACCACAAGUGACAGGAUCCACCUGUACACGCCGCCGGGUAAUGGGAGCCUCUGGGCAGCAGAAACUGAGGAGCACAUUCUUGUGCCGUGGAUCAUCGUGAACCUGGUGGUGGCCCUUCUGGUUGGGUUAUCCUGGCUCUUUUUGUCUAAUAGACCAGCCACAGAUCUUAGUGAAGAGCUGAUGUUCUUCUCUGACGUGGAAGAGUACCCUGAUAAGGGAAUCCAAGCGUCUUCAUAGUGCCAACACCGCCUCUGCAGCAAGACCGCACUUCCUCGCUCUUGUUUUUAUAAGAUGUGCGUGUGUGUGCGUGCGUGUGCGUGCGUGUGCAAUUGAGCUUUUGUUAUAUGAUGCUGAAAGACUUGUGAAGAUUAUGAAAAAUGUUUAAAUUGUAUCUGGUCUUUAUACCCAGCGCUAAUUUCUAUAGUAUUGUCUGCCACCUUAGUGAUACGGGAGAUAAUGGGCUAAAAAAGCAGGGGAAGCAUUUGAUUCCUGUUCUCUCACAUUUGCUAUAUUCAUAAUCAUAAUAAAAAGCACCAAUUUAGAAAAGCCAUAACUUCAGUGUUACAGAAUAUACAUCACGUUUAAAUGUAAGUGUAGAGAAUAGGUAGAAAGGAAAACACCUUCAUUUUGUAUUUUGAUGUCCCCUUAGUGAGCACACUACAGUAUAAAGUCUGUGUUUUCUGAAUCUGUGUAUCAUGUAAUAAUUAUAAUUUGAAUUGAAAGAUAUUUUACUUUAUGGCUAAUAAAACAGAUACCUUUCCAUUUGAAAA